AUGUCAAAAAACUGAAAACAGUGAAACGCGAAUGAAGUGUUUUUGGAGAUAAUAUUUAAUUAUUAAUGUAUCAAAACUGGGUUUUUCCCAACGAUAAAAUGCAAAGCACGAUAAAGGAGCUUUUGGAUGCUUUAGGGUGCAAUUUAGAAGCUGAUACAGUUUUGGACUACAUACAAAAUGACCCAAACUAUGGAAAUAGUACUCUUACACUUAAACAGGCCAAUGAAUAUGCUCAAAGACUGGCGUUGAAAGCUUCCAAUGCUAAAAUAUUUUUGAAAAAAUAUGAAGAUCUUAAAAGCCGAAAUACUGACAAUUUGGCAGAUAUCGUAGCAUUAUUUUACAAAUUGGUUUGUGAAGAAAAGAGAUCUAAAAUAUCUAAACCAAAAGUUGCACCAAAGCCUGUUCUAGGUGACAAUAAACAUCAAAUUACUAAAGAAGACUUGCCCCAGAUAAAAGAUAAAUUGCUCAAAGCUGUUGAUGAAAGUAAAAAAUUAGUGAUGAAAUCAUUUGAGGAGAAGGAAAUGAAACUUCGGCCAAACUGGUACAAUAGCUUGGAAUUGCCCACCUGGCAAAAGGAUCACCCAUCCAUGUCAUGGGAUUUCCCAAAGGAACCUUUGCCUGUAAUUGCUUCAUUGGCUGGCAUCCCAAUUGCGUCACAAGAAAAUAUUAUAAUAGAUGAACUUUUGUAUAUAUUCAGUGGCAUCCCAGGCAAUUAUAUAGUCCACCAACCAGUUAAAGAUAUGUAUGAUCCUAGGCAGUUUGUAAUAUCAGAAGACUUAGAUGAUGCAUUGAAGCAAAUUGUUCAGCAAAUGUUGCCAAUUGCAUCAAAUUAUUCCAUUGUGAGGAGAUUUAUUGAGCAUUGUAAUAUGUGGUCUGGACAGGUUUUGCAUGCUUUAGUGGCCGCUAUAGAAAUUUUAUUAAAGGAUUAUUAUACCAUGAUUGCACAAUUGGAGACUGAACACAUGUCAGGGAGUUUAAAUCUACAAAAGUUGUGGUAUUUUGUUUUACCCACUAUGCACACCAUGCAAGUCUUGGCUGCUAUUGUCACCAGUAUUGGAAAGAGUGAACUUCGCGGCGGUGCAGUUUUGACAGUACUUCACGAUAAAACAAACAUGUUAAUGGGAGAUGCGCGUGCGCAAGAAAUAUCCUUAUUCCUCACCGAGCGAGCGUGUCGACCCUAUCUAUGUAUAUUAGAUCAAUGGAUACAUAAGGGCUCUAUAACUGAUCCAUUCCAGGAAUUUAUGAUAGAAGAUAACGAGUUAAUAAACAAGGAGGAGUUGCCUGUGGAUUAUUCAGCAGACUAUUGGGAGAAGAGAUAUUGUAUACAAAGAGAUAGAGUUCCCAAGUUCCUGGAAAAGUUCACCGAUAUCAUUUUGCGCACAGGGAAAUAUUUAAACGUUAUUAGCCAAUGUGGUAAGUCCAUUACUAAAACAAAUACUGAAGAAAUAAAAUACUCAUUACGGGAACAAAAUUACGGUGCAAUUAUUCAAAAAGCGUACGCGUUUGCGAGCAAAUCUCUGCUCGAAUUAUUGCUCAAGGAGUAUGAUUUAAUGGGACGCUUGAAGUCGGUAAAGAAUUAUUUCCUCAUGAGUCAAGGAGAUUUUAUUGUUCAAUUCAUGGAUGCAACUGAACAAGAAUUGUCAAAGAAAAUCGAUGACAUUAUUCCGUCCAAGUUGGAGUCGCUUUUGGGACUGUGUUUGAGAUUGUCAGCUGCCAGUCACGAUCCCUACAAUGAAGACAUGAGAGUGGAACUCUUGCCUUACGACUUGCAGUUUCAAAUGUUCAAAAUUCUUUCUAUCGAAACUGAAGAGGAAAAAGAAUAUAAACAGAACAAAGAUUGUCCACCGUUAACGGGCAUAGAGAUCUUUUCUUUUGGAAUGGAAGUGAAAUGGCCAGUAUCCCUGAUAUUAAACCAUAAAGCCAUUGCUUGCUACCAGAUGAUAUUCAGACAUUUGUUUUACUGCAAACACGUGGAAAGGCUUUUGUGCCGGGUGUGGCUAUACAACAAGGUGGUAAAGCGUUUCUCGGAGGCGCGUCUAUAUGCAGAUGCGUUCGCGUUGCGGCAGCGGAUGCUGAGCUGCAUCCAACACUUGCAGUACUACAUGUGCGUCGAGGUCAUCGAACCCUCCUGGUGCCAGCUCAUACAGAGCUUGGAUAAGGUGAACAACGUGGACGAAGUGCUGGAACGUCACAACGACUUUCUGGAGUCGUGUCUGGGCGACUGCAUGUUGAUGAGCCCGCAGCUCUUGAAGGCUGUCACCACGCUCUGCCUGGUUUGCGUUCAAUUCUGCACAUUUAUACAGGAGAUGCACAAGUACUUCGUGGACGCUGAGCUUAACAGUAUGCUUGGAUCGACGUAUGACAAUACAGAGUAUUGCGAGAACUCCGUGAGCACGGGAUGCGGCACAACAACCAGCGGGUCAGCUGACUCCUUCUCUCGCUCGGUGUCGCGCUAUGGACUACGUUUCACCGCGGCUUUGCUCUCGGUCCUAGCGAUCAUCGAGAGGAUGGCUCGAGACAACAACACCAACAAGCUGCUAAAUAUAUCGGCCAGGUUAAACUUCAACACAUACUACGUGAAACAGUUGGAGAAGUUUUGCGCUGACGACAAGUUCCUAGAGAGCGAGAAGAAAACAUCUUCCUAGCGCCGACAACGGCGCGCGCGCCAUCUUGUCACUUCUGUGUGACAAUUUAUUAAUGUACACCAAAAAUUUCACACUCGCACUAUAAACUCUUAUAACCUAUAAAAUGAUAACGAUCAAUUGAGGUAAUUGUACGCAAUUGUAGAUGAACAGUAGAAUUCUGCUGUGUAACAACUAACAAUGUUUUCGAUAGGAGGUAAAUCGUAUUUGUUAUUUUUUUUUAAUGUAUGUACAUUAAUAUAAUACUGGCACAUUUAUAACCAAUAGAAUAACAUCGAUUUAUUGCAAUAAUUUGGACAUUUAUAAAUAAACACCAAAAUUAGCAUUCGAUUCUUGGAGGCUUGUAUAAAUAUUAUUUGAAAUUUUCUGAUUUUAUAAAUUUUUAUAUUGAUAGAUACUGUAACUACAUUCAGCCGAAACAAUAUCUUAGGUUGACACAAAGUCUUUUUUCUUCAUAAAAAUGAAUACAGACAUAGAAUCCAUAGGAAGUCUUUAACUUGACACAUUAAGUGUUGCCAUGAAUGUUUGGAAUUUGGAAACUGGUUGUUUAAAUGUUUAAUUUUCUUAGCGUCUCGAUUUGCGUAAAAAUUCUGCGAUAUAAAAUUCGGAAUCUCAAAUAUCUUUCGACUUUUACUCAUGAAAUAAAAUCUCAAGAAUAUAAAUUCGAAACUGUCGAUUUUUAAAAGCAUUUAGUAUACUUUUCUAGCUCUUAUUUGUAUAAGGGGGCACCAUGACAAUAUCUUAAGACGAAGAAAAACGUUUUUCAAAGGUUGCGUAAAAUCUAUAAGCUACUUUGAUAUUUUAGUAUUCUAUAGUUGGACACAAUAUCUCGAAAUGCACUAUUAGAUUGUCUGAUAACAUAAGAUAGACGUAUGCAACGAUCUUAUGAUUUACGAUUGCCGUAAGCAAUAAUAGGCGUUUAAAUCACAAAAAUAAUAAAUCAAGUACAAAAAAUAUUAACAAAAUUAUGGUAGUUAUAUUUUUACACAAGUAUUACUCAUUUGAGAUUUCCGCUUUAAAAGUAUAUUUUUUGAAAUAGAUUAUAGAAAUUCCAAAUAGAUUACACUGAACUUAGUUUUAACGAAGAAAUUAAUAAUGGUAAUCAAAUAAAUUAAUUAAUAGGUUUCUUGGAAAGUAGUUAUUGCAUUAGCUAUUAAAACAAAAAUCAGAAUAACGUUUCAAUCGUUAUAUCAUCUCAAAUAAAAUGCCGUCAUUAAAAAGUACAAUUAUUUUAAAUGUCAAACACAAAUAAUAUACUCAUAGUAAAAGCCACUUCAAUUAUAUUUAUAUCACAAUCUGUAUUGGAUCUUAAAAUUUAACAAUACAGUAUUUUAGAAUAAAUAUGUAGUAUGCGUGCCAGUCAAAGAAGAAAUCAAUAAUGAGGAUUCAUCGAAAUGUUUAAUCUCAUUUUUAUUUUGGCAGACAUAUGCCGUCUCAUUUACACUUAUAGUAGUAAAUAUAUUCCGAAAGUGAUAUCAGUUCCAUGCAGUCUUCAUUUUAGAUUGUUUCUUUAUUGGCAUCGACUUUAUGAAUGUUGUAAUGUGUCUGUGUGAGUAUACAUGUGUUGUGUAAUCGAAUCUUCCGUGUUAGUGUAAAAUCAAACAAAAUAUUAUAAGAAGCGCAAACUGUGUCGAUUUUUAAAUUAUGAUUGUGAUAUUUUAAACGUGUCAUGUAACUUAGCCAUUAGAUAUAAAAAGACAAAGUAUUGGAACUGUUGUAAUUAUAUUUUUGUGCGAUUGUAAUCGUUAAUGGAUUCAAAGUUGCCCGCGAACGUUAUAUUUUUACGAUUGUGAUGUAACUGAUUAUAUAAUUAAUGUUGUCACAAAAAUAGCUGGUCACUGCUUAACAUAGUAAUGUUAGUUAAUGGUAUUAAUAAACUGCUUUUUUAUAAAU